AUGGCAUCGGCCACCCAAACCGAUUCCGCGCCGCACCUCCGCGCGUCCGCCGCAAAGAAUCAGGAACAGAAAAACGGUCAAGGCCAACAGCAAGAGUCUGGACGAAUUUCGCCACCAGAGUCGUCACUCGUCGAGGACCAUUUCUUUUGGACAUACACGGAGGAACCGCACCGCUCCAGACGACAAGCAAUCAUCAAAGCCCAUCCGGAGGUAACAAGACUCUGCGGCCCCGAACCCCUAACCAAAUACACCGUGCUCUUCGUCGUCUCCCUCCAAGUAUGCUGCGCCUACCUCCUCCGCGAUACCUCCAUGCUCUCAUGGAAAUUCCUCCUCACGGCCUACGCGAUCGGAGCCACCUCCAACCAGAAUCUCUUCCUGGCUAUCCAUGAGAUCUCGCAUAACCUGGCAUUCCGGUCGCCAAUGGCGAAUCGAUUGCUGGCGAUUUUUGCGAACAUUCCUAUCGGCAUUCCGUAUAGUGCUGCAUUCAGGCCCUACCACCUAACCCACCACAAAUCCCUCGGCGUAACCGGCCUCGACACAGAUCUCCCGACAGCCGUCGAAGCCUUCCUCCUCGACUCCCUCCUCGGAAAAGCCUUCUUCUGCACUUUCCAGUUGCUCUUCUACGCCAUCCGUCCUGCCUUCGUCUACUCCCCGCCCUUCACGCACAUCCACCUGAUCAACAUAAUAACACAAUUCAGCUUUGACUAUGGUUUAACGAAGGUCUCCGGGGGCUCGCUGCAGCCGCUGCUAUAUCUACUGCUGAGCUCGUUCCUGGCGGGCUCCUUGCAUCCGUGCGCGGGACAUUUCAUCGCGGAGCAUUACAUUUUCGAGAAAGUUGGCGAUGGGAAGGGGACGGAGAGUAUCCAGCAGCGGAAGACGAGGGAGAAGAGUGGGAAUGGCAAUGGCAUGCUCAAGGAGGUUGCGAAUCUUCCCCCGCCGGAAACGUACUCGUACUACGGUCCUCUCAACUUUUUCACUUAUAAUGUUGGUUUGCAUAACGAGCACCAUGACUUCCCUGCUAUUCCGUGGACGAGAUUAUAUGAGUUGCAUCGCAUUGCGAGUGAAUUCUAUGAGCCGCUGCCCUGCCACCGCAGCUGGGUUUGGGUGAUCUGGACCUUCAUACUGGAUAAGAAUGUGGGCAUGUGGUGUCGUGUGAAGCGCGCGCAGGGUGGUCGUAUUGUUGGCGGUGGUACUGCUAAUGCUAAGGCUGGACGUGGUGGCGAGGGGAUUUCGGGUGCGUCGAAUGGCCCGGAAGAAGGGGAUGGGUGGAAGGAGAGUGAAAUUCAGAACUAG